UAUGCUAAUUAGGAUUUGACUGAGAAAGUUGGUUGGAGUUCAAGCCAGAAAGUUGUUGAGGAAGAAUGGAGAAGUCAGGGAAGAAAGUGCUGCUGACCUCAAAUGGCGACGAAGUUUCGCAGGGUAUCGUUUUCCAUUUAGCUAAGCAAGGGUGCAGGUUGGUUUUGCUGGGAGAUGAGAGUUGCCUGCGGAGCAUCGCGCACAGAAUCAUGGAUUCCCUCUCCCUAUCUGACAAAGGCACUGUGCAGGUCGUUGAAUUGAACAUGGAAGACCAGAGCGAAUCGGUUUUCCAACACUCUGUUGAUCAGGCAUGCCAGAUUUUGGGGAAAUUGGAUGCUUUUGUCAACUGUUACAGUUACGAAGGAAAAAUGCAAGAGCAUAUUGAGUUAGCUGAGAGUGAGUUUAAGAAAAUAGUGAAGAUAAAUUUUAUGGCUGCUUGGUUCUUGUUAAAAGCUGUUGGCCGAAGGAUGCGGGAUAUCAACGCCGGGGGCUCCAUCGUCUUUUUAACCUCCAUACUUGGCGCUGAAAGGGGUUUGUAUCCGGGAGCUGCUGCAUAUGCCUCUGUCUUGGCAGGAGUGCAGCAAUUAGUGAGGGCUUCGGCUUUGGAGAUAGGGAAGUACCAGAUCAGAGUUAAUGCCAUUGCCCGAGGCCUGCACCUGCAAGAUGAAUUUCCAUUAUCCGUGGGAAGGGAAAGAGCAGAGAAAUUGGUGAAGGAGGCUGCACCGCUUGAGAGAUGGCUUGAUGUUAAGAAUGAUCUGGCGUCUACUGUCAUUUAUCUAAUCAGUGAUGGAUCAUGCUACAUGACUGGAACAACCAUAUACGUCGAUGGGGCACAGUCUAUAACCAGGCCUCGCAUGCGCUCCUUUAUGUGAAUCAUGCUGGCGCUGAAAGGAUUUUUUCAAGGAAUGAUCCAACAUACACAUUUCUUGCAUCAUUGUUGCCCUUAGGAAAUGACUACAUUUCUAAUCCAAGUCUUAAACCUUAAACCCCGAAAAACAUGUCCGGGGGGCAUGAAAUAUAUAUUCAAAUAAGUUAUGAGAAGUUGAAACUGCUCAAUCCAUAAUUAUAUAGUGAAUGUUAAGCA